AUGGAAAUUUCGUUUACGUUUUGUGGUGCCAAAAUUACAUCACAUUGUACCCACCGGCUCCGGUAAAUAUUGCUGUCGCCGCCCACCACAGCACUCAGACAGAAUUCAGCCAAACCGGCCAAACAUUUCAUCAUCCCGAAACGGAGGAGCAUUAAACCUUUGCGUUGAACAAUGCCCACAGCGGAACCACUGCCAAACCAUCACCAGAACGGGAAAGAACCUGCAGCACCCUGCCGAACGUGUAUGGAUUUCAAAUCAUGGUCAAAACAGCAACGUAAAUCCCUCAGUACCAGUGCCGCCGGCAGCGGAAGUGUGGCGAAAGCGUCAUCUCCAGACUCGGAGGUAGCACACCGCAAAACGGACAAUUCGGACGAGCGAAGCGGUGGCGCACCACCGAACUGUCCGCUCGAUAAGGAACAGCUUGGCCGGCACACCUGGGGCUUGCUGCACACGAUAGCCGCCUACUAUCCGACCGUGCCGACCGAAACGGACGAACGGAAUGUGCGAACGUUUUUCACCUCCUUCUCGAAGCUGUAUCCAUGUGAAUACUGUGCGAAAGAUUUCCAGCAAGAAUUGAAAGAGAUGCCACCGGAAACGAAAUCCCAGCACACGCUAUCCCAGUGGCUCUGCCGGAUACACAACCGGGUGAACGUGAAGCUAGGCAAACCCGAAUUCGACUGCACAAAGGUGAACGAACGGUGGCGUGACGGUUGGUUGGAUGGGUCCUGUGAUUGAGCGCGUGUUUCGGCGGAGUAUGAAACUUUAAAAUUAACCUAACCCAAUGUGUUUUGUUGUGCUGUACCAGUAUGAUAACGUACAUAUGAAAUCUAGACAUUAUAUUUUCGUUACGCUUCUACCAAA